CAGAAAAGAAAAACAGAGCAACGAAUCCAACAUCACCAACAAAACACAAACUAAAAUGGCUCUGAACAGUGUAUCCUCAGAAGAAUUUAGCUUCCCAAUGAUCGCUUCCCAAGAUUCUUCCCAAUUUUCCGGCAUCGAUUCACCUCCACUGUGGAAACACUCGCCGGAUAAUUUCCUCCGGGAAGAUCACGACAGAGGUUUCGGAAGAUUACUCAUCGGAAAAUACGAUAAUAAUGAUCAGACGAAGAGUUUCUCUUAUGUGGAGACGAGAAGUCUAUGGAGCGACAAAGCAGAGGAGAAGAUGGAUAUGUUGUGGGAAGAUCUCAACGAAGAGCUGCCGCCAAGAAGCCAGAGUCUGAGGAUUGAUACCGGCGGUGAUGGCGGAGAGAAGAAAUCGUCUUUGUUUUCCGACGAGAGCUCCGCCGUGGCCGUUGGGUGCGGGAUGAAGUUGACCAAGAAGACGCCGCCUAAGAAGAAGAUGAGUCCGAACGUGUUGGUGUUGAUGAGGGUGUUGAAAAAGCUUCUUCUUUUACGGACUUCGUCUCAGAGAUCGCCGGCGAAAACUCAUCCACGGUGAUCUUACCAAUAAUAAUUGUGAAUUGAGGGUUCUUUUUGUAGAAUCUAUUAAUUACGGGGCUUGCCUGAGAAAGAUAUUUGUUGUUUGGGUGGUUUAACAACAACAAUUAAAGUUAGGGCUCUAUGCCCGCCCAACUGUAAAUGGGCCUAAUCCCUGACUCAUUUAGAUUUUUGAGUCUUUUUUGGUUUGAUUUAAAUGUGUAUGAAUUUAUUAGGUGAUAAAAGAGAUA